ACUCUCCGAAGAUACAACGAAUAUGCCGGCUAAUCAUGCUUCCAGGCAGCCUCAAACGCAUACAAGUACAUGACCUUGAUGUUUGCUGUGCUCGCUCAUUUUACUUGCACGACAACUUAAGAACACGAGAGCGGCUCAUCAACAUACACUUUCGCAGCGCCUAGCGUCUUUAUCACUACACAAGCACAUCCCAGUAUCGCGUCACUGCGGCAGCACACAGAUACCCCGAAGGCCACGUAAAGCGCUCACUGUGACAGAACAUGGCGUCCAUGUUCAAGGAUAUCCUACAGUACAAUGUCGAAAAACUGAAGAAUUACGCCGACGGCAAACAGCAAUCUACAGGCCAAUCGCCCUAUGGCCAAUACGCUCAACAGUCUCCUUAUGGACAACAUGCACAACAACAACCUUAUCCUCCACAGCAGCAUCCGUAUCCUCAGCAGCAAGAUCCUUAUCCUCCACAACAGCCCUUUCCUGGUCAGGCAGCACCGGCAGGCCCUCCGCCAGCCUACGGCAACUUUGUGAACGGCCAACCCAACGCUUCCCCAGGCCCAUACUCAUCGCAGGCACCGGACUCUUCCUUCACAGGAGCCGGCGGUAGCGACAGCGCAAACCGCGGUCUUCUCGGCAAACUCGAAAAAUACGCCAUGAAACAAGUCGACCCAUACUACAUGUGUCCGCCCGCUGGCCAAGCAACCCCAAGCCUGAACGUAAAAUUCACCAAAGACUCCCUCAUCAACUGCUUCACCUCCCAACCCGUCCUCCAGAUCCAGAAACAGUCCUCCUCAGUCAAAGACCUCAUCCGCGCCGACAACGGCUUCCGCGCCGCAUCUGUGAAAUGGCACUCCUUCAGCUCCGACAUUUCUUACACGCUCUACUCACCUUCUGGCCCACCGAUCGAGGAUAAAAUCAAGCAUGGCGAUUUCAGCUCCAAGUGUUCUUUUCUCAGCAGAUUCUAUGCGCCUGGAGAGAAGAUGGUUUGGAAAUUUAAUGGGACGAAGAAGGCGGAAUUGAAGGUUGAGAGGACGGGGGAGGUUGUGGCUAUUUUGGAAAAAAUGAUUUUGUUGCGCUUUGAGAGGGGGAUGCAGGGAAUGAGUCCUGAGGCGAUCAAUGAGGUGCUUAUUACCGGAUAUGCGUGUGCGGAGGCGAUGAAUAGGGAGAAGAUUGCUGGGAAGGCUUUUAGUGGUGGUGGUUGA